AUGAGCUCCAGCUCUGACGCCGUCCGGGACCCCGAAGCCCCGUGGUCGCCCGCGCCCCGCGCCUGCCGCCCUGGGCCCUGGGCACUGGGCGUCGCGCUGCUACUACUCGCCGCUGCAGCCGCUGGAGCCGCCUGGGUCGCCCAUGCCCCGAGACCCGGCGGGGUCCGCGAGCUCCCGCCGGAUACUGGCGCCAUCCGUGGCCCGAAGCAGCAGGGCGUUCUUCCCUUCGCACAGCUGGUGGCCGAAGAUGUUCUGCUGUCUGACCGGCUCCUAAACUGGUACAGCGACCCGGGCCUGGCGGGCGUGUCCCUGGCGCCGGGCCUGACCUAUGAUAAGGACAAGCGGGAGCUGGUGGUAGAUGAAGCAGGCGUCUACUAUGUCUUCUUGAAAGUGGGACUGCGGCGCGUUGUGGAUGAGAACAGCUCCGGCUCGGUCUCCCUUGCUCUGCACCUGCAGCCGCUGCGCGACGGCGCGGUAGCUGCCCUGGCAUUGACUGUGGACCUGUCACCCCAGUCCUCCGAGGCCUUUGGUUUCCAAGGCCGCUUAUUGCACCUGGAGCUCGGCCAGCGCCUGGGCGUCCACAUGCACGCCGUAGCUCACCAAGACUGGCAGCUCGACCAGGGCGCAACGGUCUUGGGCCUCUUCCGGGUGACCACCCAGGUCUGAUCAAGACUCCGCUCGCCG